AUGGACGCGAUGCAUUCCGCCAUUCACUCGAGCGGCGACGAUCGAAGCAACGGAGCUAGCGUUUCCGCCGCCUCGCCUCGUACCGAUGGCGAUAUUUCCGCCGAGUCUCUGCGCGACCUCCACGCCUCCGCCGCCGAGCCGCUGCUUGGCAGCAGCAGAUCUUCCGCCUCCGCUUCCGCCUCUCCGCUCGUUAAGAGAUCCGCCGCUGCUGCGACUAGCGCUUACGAGCCAAUCGAAAACGGCAACGUGGCAGCUACGAGCACGAGCGUGCCAAUGAGAGAGGUCCACGUGGAUCUGUACAUUCGCGGGCGGGGCAAGAGCGGCAAGGGCAAGGGGCCGGCGUGCUCGUUCGCGGCGCAGCUGCUGGGGUGGCACGCGGACCGCCUUGACGUGGCGGCGAUUAAAAGGCGACACGGGCUCAAGGCGCUCUUCGCGCUCUCGUCCACCGGCGUGCGCGGGUUAGAGCUGGUGGCGAACCCGCGGAACGGACUGUCGCUGACGACCUACACGGGCAAGCCCGGCAGCAGAAUUACGCUGGACGGGGAACCGCAGAGGGAGGCGCGCGCGUUAGAGCUGGUGAGGAACCCGCGGAACGGGCGGUCGCUGACGACUUAUACCGGCAAGCCAGGCAGCCGAAUCCCGCUCGAUGGGGAACCAAAGUUAUGCGAUUGUGAGGGCAAGCGGGCGGGGAGUUGCGGGCUCCUGGGGGGUGCUGAGGGGUGCUGGGAGGCGCGGGGGUUUGAGCUGGUGGGGAACCCGCGGAACGGAUUGUCGCUGACGACAUACACGGGCAAGCCGGGCAGCCGAAUCGCCCUUGAUGCGGAUCCGCAGGUGUGCUUCUGA